CUGUGAUCGUGACCAUGGACAUGGUGAUGGAGAAAGCUGAAGACAAGGGGCCCCGGAGCCCCGAGCCAACCUUCCUGGCAACUCUGAAUGAUCCACAGGUGACUCUGCUGUCUGUCUACAAGCAGUGGUCCUUCCAGAGGAAAUCUGGGGUCAGGGGCUUGGCCAUACCAGUGUCUUCAGAGAAGAGCUCUCCCCAGCCAAAAGAGGGAGAAUUUCCACUGAGAGUCUUGAAUGGAACCCAGGAAAUGAAUUCCCAGCAGAUCUUGCCUAAACUUUCUUCACCUGCUCGUCCCUGGGAGCAAGGAAUGAAGCAGAAUUUUGCCUUUGACAAUGUUGGCUAUGAAGGGAGUUUGGAUGGCACUGGCUCAUCUCUGAUCACGACCAGCACGAUCAGCAUUCUGGGCAUGACUUGCCGGUCAUGUGUCAAGUCCAUUGAGAGCAGGAUUUCUAGUCUGAAAGGCAUCGUGAGCAUUAAGGUUUUGCUAGAACAAGGGUGUGCAUCAGUGACAUAUGUGCCAGUUGUCAUGAGCCUGCAACAGAUUUGCCAUCACAUCAGGGACAUGGGCUUUGAGGUCAGCGUUGCAGAAAGAAAGGCUGCCUCCUGGCCCUCCAGGUCCUCUCCAGCCCAGGAGGCAGUGGUCAAGCUCCGAGUAGAGGGCAUGACCUGCCAGUCCUGUGUCAGCUCCAUUGAAAGUAAGAUCGGGAAACUGCAAGGAGUAGUGAGAGUUAAGGUCUCUCUUGGCAACCAAGAGGCAGUCAUCACUUACCAGCCUUAUCUCAUCCAACCCGAAGACCUCAGGGACCAUGUCAGUGACAUGGGAUUUGAAGCUGCUAUCAAGAACAAAAUGGCUCCCUUAAGCCUGGGACCGAUUGAUAUUGGCCUGCUAGAAAGCACUAACCCAAAGCGGCUGUCAGCUCUUGCUAAGCAGAAUUUCCCUAACUCUGAGGCCUUGGGAGACCAAGGAAGCCAUGUGGCCACUCUCCAACUUGAAAUCAAUGGAAUGCACUGUAAAUCUUGUGUUUUGAAUAUUGAAGGAAAUAUAGGCCAGCUCUCAGGGGUUCAAAAUAUCCAAGUGUCCUUGGAGAACAAAAGUGCCCAAAUACAGUAUGACCCUUCUCAGAUCACCCCCUUGUCCCUGAAGAGGUCCAUUGAGGCACUUCCACCUGGGAACUUCCAAGUUUCUCUUCCAAAUGGAGCAGAAGGGGGUGAGCCAGAGAGAAGGCUUUCCAGUUUUUCUUCUCCUGACAACCUGCAGAGAAACCAGGUGCAAGGCGCAUGUAGUACCGUGGUGCUCGCCAUCACCGGAAUGACCUGUAUGUCCUGUGUACAGUCCAUCGAAGGCAUGGUUUCUCAGCGGGAAGGGGUGCAGCAAAUAUCCGUCUCUCUGGAUGAAGGAAGUGGAACUAUUCUUUAUGAUCCUUCGAUAAUAAAUCCAGAAGAACUCCGAGCUGCUGUAGAAGACAUGGGAUUUGAAGCAUCAGUGAUGGCUGAGAGUGAUGCUACCACCCAUCUUUCUGGAAAUCACAGGGUUGGGAAUUCCAUGCUGCCAAUGACAAGCAGCACACCUGUGCCUGUGCCAGAAGUGGCUCCCCAGACCAGGGAGUUUUCUCAAAACAGCAGUCCUGGCUGCUCAUUAGACACCCCACCACCCACCAUGGCAGCAGCCCCACAGAAGUGCUUUUUACAAAUCAAAGGCAUGACCUGCGCAUCCUGUGUGUCCAACAUAGAAAGGAAUCUUCAAAAAGAAGCGGGUAUUGUCUCUGUAUUGGUUGCCUUGAUGUCGGGAAAGGCAGAGGUCAAGUACAAUCCGGAGGUCAUCCAGCCACCCAAAGUAGCUCAGCUCAUCCAGGACCUGGGCUUUAAUGCCACAGUCAUGGAGGACAACAUCAGUUCCGAUGGUGACAUCGAGAUGAUUAUCACAGGAAUGACCUGCGCUUCCUGUGUCCACAACAUAGAAUCCAAGCUCACCAGGACAAAUGGCAUUACCUAUGCCUCCGUGGCCCUGGCCACUAGCAAAGCCCAUGUGAAGUUUGAUCCUGAAAUCAUCGGUCCACGGGAUAUUGUAAAACUCAUUGAGGAAAUUGGCUUUCAUGCUUCCCUGGCACAGAGAAGGCCCAACGCCCAUCACUUGGACCACAAGCUGGAAAUAAAGCAAUGGAAGAAGUCUUUCCUGUGCAGCCUGGUGUUUGGCAUCCCCGUCAUGGGCUUAAUGAUCUAUAUGUUAAUACCCAGCAAGGAUCCUCAUGAAGCCAUGGCCCUGGACCACAACAUCAUCCCAGGACUUUCCAUUCUCAACCUUGUCUUCUUUGUCUUGUGUACUUUUGUCCAGUUCUUCGGUGGGUGGUACUUCUAUGUUCAGGCCUACAGAGCUCUGAGACACAAGUCAGCCAACAUGGAUGUACUCAUCGUACUGGCCACAACCAUCGCCUACGUCUACUCCCUCAUCAUCCUGGUGGUUGCAGUUGCAGAGAAAGCUGAGAAGAGCCCUGUGACCUUCUUUGACACUCCUCCCAUGCUUUUCGUGUUCAUCGCCCUGGGCCGCUGGCUGGAACACGUGGCAAAGAGCAAAACUUCAGAAGCCCUUGCCAAACUCAUGUCUCUCCAAGCCACAGAAGCCACAGUUGUGACCCUUGGCGAGGACAACUUAAUCAUCAGAGAGGAGCAAGUGCCCAUGGAGCUGGUGCAUCGAGGUGACAUCAUCAAGGUUGUGCCUGGGGGCAAGUUCCCAGUGGAUGGGAAAGUUCUGGAAGGCAAUACCAUGGCUGAUGAGUCCCUCAUCACAGGAGAGGCUAUGCCUGUCACCAAGAAACCUGGAAGUGUGGUGAUUGCUGGGUCUAUAAAUGCACAUGGCUCUGUGCUCAUUAGAGCCACCCAUGUGGGCAAUGACACCACGUUGGCUCAGAUUGUGAAGUUGGUAGAAGAGGCUCAGAUGUCCAAGGCACCCAUUCAGCAACUGGCUGACCGCUUUAGUGGAUAUUUUGUCCCAUUUAUCAUCAUCAUUUCAACUUUGACGUUGGUGGUAUGGAUCAUAAUCGGUUUUGUCGAUUUUGGUGUUGUUCAGAAAUACUUUCCUAACCCCAACAAGCAUAUCUCACAGACUGAGGUGAUCAUCCGAUUUGCCUUCCAGACAUCAAUCACCGUGCUAUGCAUUGCCUGCCCGUGCUCCCUGGGGCUGGCUACACCCACGGCAGUCAUGGUAGGCACUGGAGUGGCUGCCCAGCAUGGCAUUCUCAUCAAGGGAGGCAAGCCUCUAGAGAUGGCACACAAGAUAAACACUGUGAUGUUUGACAAAACUGGCACCAUUACUCAUGGGAUCCCCAGAGUCAUGCGAUUCCUGUUGCUCUCAGAUGUGGCUACACUGCCCCUCAGGAAGGUUCUGGCUGUGGUGGGCACUGCAGAGGCCAGCAGUGAACACCCCUUGGGCGUGGCAGUCACCAAAUACUGCAAAGAAGAACUUGGAACAGAGACCUUGGGCUACUGCACAGACUUCCAGGCAGUGCCAGGCUGUGGGAUCGGCUGCAAAGUCAGCAACGUGGAAGGCAUCCUGGCCCACAGUGAGCGCCAGCUGAGUGAACCAGAAGGUCAUCUGAAGGGAGAGGGCAGCCUUCCUGCAGGAAAAGAUGCAGUUCCCCAGACGUUCUCUGUGCUGAUUGGAAACCGCGAAUGGAUGAGGCGCAAUGGCUUAACCAUCUCCAGUGACAUCAGUGAUGCCAUGAUGGGUCAUGAGAUGAAAGGACAGACGGCCAUCCUAGUGGCUAUUGACGGUGUGCUCUGUGGGAUGAUCGCCAUUGCAGAUGCUGUCAAAUCAGAGGCUGCCCUGGCCGUGCACACCCUGAAAAGCAUGGGUGUGGAAGUAGUUCUCAUCACAGGAGACAAUCGGAAGACAGCCAGAGCCAUUGCCACCCAGGUUGGCAUCAACAAAGUCUUUGCUGAGGUGCUGCCUUCUCACAAGGUGGCCAAGGUCCAGGAGCUCCAGAACAAAGGGAAGAAAGUUGCCAUGGUGGGAGAUGGGGUGAACGACUCCCCAGCUCUGGCUCAGGCGGACGUGGGCAUUGCCAUUGGGACUGGCACGGAUGUUGCCAUCGAAGCAGCUGAUGUCGUCCUUAUCAGAAAUGACCUGCUGGAUGUGGUAGCCAGCAUCCACCUCUCCAAGAGGACUGUCCGGAGGAUCCGAGUCAAUCUGGUGCUGGCACUGAUUUAUAACAUGGUCGGGAUUCCCAUUGCUGCAGGAGUCUUCAUGCCCAUUGGCAUUGUGCUGCAGCCAUGGAUGGGCUCGGCGGCCAUGGCGGCCUCCUCUGUGUCUGUGGUGCUCUCGUCUCUGCAGCUCAAAUGCUAUAGGAAGCCUGACGUGGAGCGGUACGAGGCGCAGGCCCACGGCCGCAUGAAGCCCCUGAGUGCAUCCCAGGUCAGCGUGCACGUGGGCAUGGAUGACCGACGGCGGGACUCCCCCAAGGCCACAGCGUGGGAUCAAGUCAGCUACAUCAGCCAGGUGUCUCUGUCCUCCCUGACGUCUGACAGGCCAUCUAGGCAUGGCGCUGCCACAGAGGACAGCGGGGACAGGUGGUCUCUGCUCCUCAGUAAUGGGGACGAGGAGCAAUGCAUCUGAAAGCCAGGUGCUAGGCUCCUCCCAAGUGAUGUUGUAGGUCUCACUGGGUUGGCACUGCCCCUACAGGCAGCAGUGGGAUGGUUAAAGGGCACUAGAGCCUUGGGAUUCCCAUUUGCUGGA